AUGCCUGAUCAGUCAACAGUGAUCCCCAACAGCUCAACAAAAGACCAAACAAGUGGGAUGAGCUCACCCGCCACGCCGCCCACCGAAGACCUCGAGGACUCUGUCUUGAACUUCCGUCCUCACCACCUACGACCCCAGGACCUCAAACAUGCAGAUUCAUUCUCCUCAGUCUCCUCCUAUGAAAACUCUGAGGUCGACGAGGACGAAGACGAGGCCGACCGAGAUAACUCCUCAUCCGAUCCCUCCUCUCCUUCGACUCUUCACCAAGCCAACUCAAAGACAUUUGCCCCUUCAGCCUCAUCACCAUUGGCAAAAUCGCACACAAGGCCGCAGGAGCAGCGACCAGGUGGUGGAACUCUACUUCGACCUGCAGGAAAGGCCCACGACUGGUACGCCGGGGGAAGAGUCACCUCUCACGGUCGUUGGUUUCGCGACUCACAGAACAGGACGCUGUUGAUGAGAGGUGUCAACCUCUGCGGCAACUCCAAGCUCCCUACCACUCCCAAUGGCAGUACUCACCUGAACGAGGGCUUUUUUGAUCACCGGAACGUGUGCUUCCUCGGCCGACCCUUCCCUCGCGAUCAGGCUGACGAGCACUUUUCAAGGCUCAAGCGAUGGGGGCUGACCUUUGUUCGCCUGCUCGUCCCAUGGGAGGCACUUGAGCAUUCUGGACCAGGUAUCUACGACGACAAGUUCAUCGACUCGUUGAUCGAGCUGAUCGGACUUAUGCCAAAGUACGGCAUCAAGUGCUUUAUCGAUCCCCAUCAGGACUGCUGGUCACGAUUCUCUGGUGGAUCAGGAGCACCAGGAUGGACCUUCGAGGCCGCUGGUCUCGACCUCAGAAAGUUCAAAACGACAGGUGCCGCCUAUGUUCACAACACCAACCAAGACGCAGGAGACUCGCCACCCAUGGUCUGGCCCACCAACUACACCAAACUCGCCGCCAGCACCAUGUUCACUCUCUUCUGGGCUGGAGACACCUUUGCACCCAACAAGAUGUACCAGGGUGAACCCAUCCAACAGUUCCUGCAGAACCGGUAUCUUGAGUGCUACCGUCACCUUGCCAAACGAUUGAGCCAUCUCGACGCAUUGGUGGGAUUCGAAGUUAUGAACGAGCCUCAUCCUGGAUAUGUUGGCCUCAAGGACCUCAAGCGUUAUGACUUCAACACGAACCUGUUCUUUGGAGAUUCGCCUUCAGCCCUGGAAUCUUUUGCGCUCGGUGAUGGAAUGGCGCUGCCAAUCGAGGUGUGGGUCAAGUCAUGGCCCUUCCCAACCAAGAAGGAGCGGACCAGAAUCAUCAAUGCCGGGAACGAAUCCGCCUGGCUUGAUGGGGAGUGUCUUUGGAAACAGCAUGGCGUCUGGAGUGUUAACGAAAAGACAGGAAAGCCUCGCUUGGACCGCCCUGACUACUUUACUACAGAUCCCAACACUGGAGAAAAACUGGAUUUCAACCGCUUCUACCUGGAUUUUGUCAACAGAUACUCGCAAGCGAUCCAGAGCGUGCUUCCCUCUGCUUUCAUCUUUGUCGGACCAAUCCCCAAUGAACCUGCACCUGUCUGGGCUCCUGGAGAUCACGAAGAAAACAUAGUCUAUGCUCCUCAUUGGUACGAUCUGCACUCGAUUUUCAACAAAUCCUUCGAUGGCCGUAUUACCCAUGAUGUUCAGGGUCUCAGCAAGGGCCAAAAUGUGUUCUCGGCGACUUACUUUGGAUUGAAGGGUGCCAAGAAGAACUACCAUGGACAACUGGCGAACGUCCUCAGACUCGGAUUGCAAAAUGUUGGCUCAAAGCCUUGCUUGGUCGGAGAGUGCGGCAUUCCUAUGGAUAUUAAUCAGAGGGCAGCCUUCAUAAGCGGGGACUAUGGAUAUCAUGCCAAGUUCUUGGAUGCCGUUUUGUCGGCAAUGGAAUCCAACCUCCUUAGUUUCACCCUGUGGAACUACAACACGACAAACGACAACACAUAUGGCGAUCACUGGAACGGCGAGGACUUUUCGAUCUUUUCGCUGGACUCGCCUCAGCCAUCUCGUAUUGGCGAGGGAGGCUUCCCAGUUGGCGGUGUGAAGCCCAGCUUGAGACAGGAAGCGCCCAACUUUGCGAAGGAAGUCAUGAAAAGAGCAGCUGCCCAACAAACUGGAGGAGAUUCGAUCCUCAAGGAUGACUCUGCCAGCGAUGCAACGCGAGGAGAUAACGACGAUGAAGAGGCGGCGACAAUCAUGAACGACGGUUCUCUAUUCGAUCGGUCCUAUUUUUGCUUUGACCACGAAUCAACCCAUGACGACGGUCCUGACCAUAUUGAACACAUUGGAGGUCGUGCCUUGGAUGCCGUUGUUCGGCCAUAUGCUGCCAAGGUUGCAGGCGAGCCUCUCUCAAGCAACUUUGAUUUCAACACGCUCCAGUACACAUUCCGGUACUGCAACUACAUAGAGACGCCAGUCCCACUUGUUCAUGUGUCGAACCCCGAGCAGUCCAGCAGAUCCUUUGGCGGCUCCUCCGAUUCAUUGGGCUCCUCCUCGAGCGAAAACAACAAGGAUGGCGGUUCGUCACCCACCACGUCUCUGGAGCAGAGCUCGAACUUGUUUGGUCACCCACCUGAGGGCACUGUGCUGGCGUUUGAGACGGAGGUGUUUAUUCCAUCGUACCAUUAUGAUGAUACUGGUUUAGAGAUUCUUGUAAGUGAUGGCGACUGGCGGUUUGUGAAGGAACGACAGACUUUGUAUUACCGACACAAGGACAUGGAGCCAGGAGCAGUGCACACGAUUCGAAUCAAGCCGCGGAGCAUGCUUGCUGGUGGAGUCUCCAGCAAGGCGAUUGAGGGGUCACAAUCGACUGGACCUGUACCUGGCAACAAGCCCGAGUCGGACUCUAACUGUGGCUCCUGCAGCAUCAUGUAG